UUUGUUAGAUUUAGGAACACACCCUAUACAAUACAUUAUACUAAUACAAUGGUUACUUUAGAUUAGAUAACAAAACAGGGAGUUUAGAUUCGUACAGGCCACUCCAAUAAGAAGUUCCCUUUUCAAAUCAAAUCUUACAAAAAAGAACCCUUUCGAAGAACAAGACCCCAUCGCCAUCGGAACCCAUUUCUUCCUUCUAACUUCCAAUCUCUGCAACAACCAUUCCAGUAGUAGCACACCCAUUUACUUCAAUCUCAUAAAUUAAUAAUAAUAAAAAAACCAUUUUCAUAAAAAAAGUUCUUCUGAUUCUGAUCUGGGUUCCAUGUCUUCUCUGCUUCGGAAUACGCUUUUGAGUCUCUUUCUGCUGAGCUUCUUUGGGUGGUCAUCAGCUUCUUCGGGAUCGCGUUCGAUCCUCAGAGAAAUCGAUGCCGAAAACGGUGAUCCUCGUGACUAUGGCCUUGAUUUGAAUCUUACCAACUUUGAUUUGGUCCUUAAGGAUACCCCGGCAACAUAUGCCAUUGUUGAAUUUUUUGCUCACUGGUGCCCUGCAUGCAGAAAUUAUAAGCCCCAUUAUGAAAAAGUAGCAAGGCUUUUUAAUGGACCAGAUGCCGUUCAUCCAGGGAUGGUAUUGAUGGCUAGGGUAGACUGUGCAUCUAAGAUAAAUACUAAACUCUGUGAUAGGUUCUCUGUUAGUCAUUAUCCUAUGCUAUUCUGGGGACCUCCUUCUAAAUUUGUUGGUGGUGGUUGGGAACCUAAGAAAGAGAAAAGUGAAAUACUUAUAAUUGAUGAUGGGCGUACUGCUGAUCGUUUACUUAGUUGGAUUAACAAGCAAUUAGGCAGCUCAUUCAGCUUGGAUGAUGAGAAAUUUGUAAAUGACCAUCUUCCAUCAAAUGUCUCAGACCCUGGACAGAUUGCUCGAGCGGUCUAUGAUGUUGAAGAGGCAACAACCACUGCCUUUGAAAUUAUCUUAGAACACAAGAUGAUCAAAUCAAAUACUAGAGCUUCACUCAUUAAAUUUCUUCAAAUUUUAGUAGCUCACCACCCUUCUAAGAGGUGUCGUAAGGGAAGUGCUGAGAUUCUUGUGAACUUUGAUGAUUUGUUCCCAUCAGAUCUACUGUUAGCUGACAAACAGGAAGAAAUUGAUGGAAAGGGUCCAUUGAGUAGUUUCCAGAUUUGUGGAAAAGACGUUCCUCGGGGAUAUUGGAUGUUCUGCCGUGGCAGCAAGAAUGAAACCAGGGGUUUUAGUUGUGGAUUGUGGGUUCUUAUACAUUCUUUGUCAGUAAGAGUUGAGGACGAAGAGAGCCAGUUUGCAUUUACUGCUAUACGUGAUUUUGUUCAUAACUUUUUCGUAUGCGAGGAAUGCCGCCAACAUUUUCAUGAGAUGUGCUCGAGUGUUUCUAGUCCCUUUAAGAAAACCCGUGACUUGGUCCUUUGGUUAUGGAAUGCUCACAAUAAGGUCAAUACAAGACUGAUCAAAGAAGAGGCAUCUCUAAAAACUGCCGAUCCUAAAUUUCCUAAGAUGAUAUGGCCUCCAAAGCAGCUUUGCCCUUCUUGUUAUCGCUCUCAUAUCCAGAGGAACAGUGAAAUUGACUGGGAUCAGGAAGAAGUAUUCAAAUUCUUAACUAACUAUUACGGAAAGACUCUUGUUUCUCUUUACAAAGAUAAAGAUGCUCUUGGGAAUGAUGGGGCUGAGGGGGCUGUUGAAGAAUUAGUGGCCUCUACAAAUGCGCUCGUGGUACCUGUGGGGGCUGCAUUGGCAAUUGCUGUUGCUAGCUGUGCAUUCGGAGCACUUGCUUGCUACUGGCGUUCACAGCAGAAGAGUCGGAAGUAUUUUCAUCAACUACACUCUUUAAAGAACAUAUGAUAGUUAGGAGGGUAAUGUGCUCUUUCAUAUAGGAUUGGUGAAGUGAACUCAGAAAUAGGGGAAACAAUUGGAAAGAAGCUAGAGAGAGGGGUAGGGAGAGAGCGAGGGAGAGAAGAUAUUGCUAGUAGUUAUUCAUAUUUCUGACUUUUCCUUUUUCAUUCCUUUCAGGCCAAGAAGAAACUGGAACUAGGAUUUUUUAAAGGUUUACAAGCCAAGAAGAAAUGGAAGCCAAGACUGUUAUAAAGGGAAAAUUUUUGCAUUGCAGAGAGGCUGAGUAGGAAUCCACAUACAGCCUCGUAGCAGAUGCUUGUCUUGGGGUCAAGUCAAGAUUUUACUAUUUAAAGAUCCAAUGUGGAUUGUACAGAUUUAAUCAUAUUAAAUUUUGGGAGAGAAGCACACCAUAGAUCUGCGGCGCCUUUUGUUUAUGUUUCUCUCUUCAUUUUUUUUUCACUAGGUUUAGUUGUUGAUUUCACAGAUUUAGUCAAAAAGAAAUGAGAAACCAUUAAUAGUGCAAUUAAUUCAGUUUACUCCAAUUUCCUUUAUCUUGCUGUUAUUUUGAAUAAGCUUUCAGGUGUAUAUUUUCAUGUUCCUUGCUCGGUUAGCAGUUCAUUUUCCCAAUUCUAAUAUAAGCUAUUGUUCAACAGUAAACAAUAGGGUAAUAUUUUAGAUUUGGUGCCACUUUUAACCAAGUUAUCUUGUGAUA